GCAUGCCUAUGAACAGUAAAUGGGAAAUCCAGCUUGGAUGGAAUCUUAGAUSAAGCUGAAGAAAUGGCCGGUAAAAGGAAAUAAUAUCGCCUCUAAACAAGCCAAAACAUGGCUUCUGUUAAAGUUGCAGUUCGUGUCAGGCCCCUCAAUAAGAGGGAGAGGGACAUGGAUGCGAAAACAUGCAUUUUUAUGGAGGAUAAAAAGACUGUCAUAUCAAAUUUCCAUGCGCCAGGUGCAAGUUGCGAUCAUUCGGACAAGAAAGACUUUACAUUUGAUUUCUCGUACUGGUCUGCGGACAGCUCGGACAAACACUAUGCUUCACAAGAACAG